AUGUUUACAAAAUUUAAAGAUAAUCUAAGAAAGAUAGAUAUUUUCGGAUAAUCAAUAACACUGAGCUUUCGUUAAGAAGAAGAAUAUAGAACUAGUUUAGGAGGGAUACUUUCUUUAUGCAUAAUUGCUACAAUUAUCAGUUUUUUUUACUCAAAUAUUAUUGACUUUUUUUAAAAAAACUCAGUAUCAUCUGAAUAGGAACAAGAAUUUAGUGAAGAUCCGAGCACAGUAUAACUUUUACCAAAUAAUUUUAUGUUUGCUGUUCAAAUUGAUUAAGCGAAUUUUACAACUAACCCUUAUUUUAAUAUAACAGUAGAAUAAAGAGCAUACACAAGAGAUGAGAAUGGAACAUAAGUUAAGCUACCUCCAGUAUAUGUUGAUUUAGUGCCUUGUACAAUUGAACAUUUUAAGCCAAUAUUUGAUUAAUACAAUUCAUCUUUUGAAGCUUCGUUUAACCAAUACAGCUUAUAUAAUUUUUUGUGUCCUAAUUUAGAACAUCCAUUAACAUCAAAUAUGACAGUUGGAGGAGCAUGGACAAGUAGGAAAAUGAUUAUAUUAAUUUUUAGGUAGGGAAUUUUCCUUUUUAAAAUUUGUGGUUUCUACAUGUAAAAGUAAUUCAGGAAAUAACUUUUCGUGGAAACCAUAAUGCAAGACUGAAGAGGAAAUGUUGAAAUAAUUGAAGUCUUCUGGAAGCUUCCGAUUUUAGAUAUACACAACUAAUUACGUAAUUUAUAAAUGUAUAAAUAUAGUUAAUCAAUCCUGGAUCCCCUAAGCAUUUUAUUCAACCUUAUAUAGCAAUUGAAUAAUUCUAUUCCUUUGUUCCAAAUGCUAUGUUUGUUCAAUCAGACAUUUUUAUACGACCUAGAACAAUUACAACAGAUGACGGAAUAUUAAUGUAUCCUUAGUAAUCAACUCAAACAUACAUAACAAGAGAUUACAUGGAUAAUAGAGAAUAAUCUGCUAUAUCUGGUUUAACUCCUGGAUAUUAUGGAGCAUUUUAUUUUGUUAGAAGUCCUUACUCUUAUGCAAUAUCAAGAAAAUUUAUGAGACUUGAUGAAUUAUUAAGUUAUUUAGGAGGAUUCUCAUAAUUUAUGAUAGCAGUUAUAGGAGUUAUAAUUAAGUUUUAUAAUCGUGAACAUAUGAUAAUAGAGAUGGCAAAUGAUUUAUAUGAAUUCGAUUUAAAUAAAAGAAGAAAUAACACUAUUGAAGCAAAUCAUGGUUUAUUAUCAUCGACACAAAAGGGAAGGGAAGCCUUAAAAAGAUCAAUGCACAAAAUCAAAGGAGAUUCUAGUCUGCAUAUAAAGAGCAUGAGUACUUUUAAUUAGAAACCUAUGAUGGGUUAAUUUUUAUCACCUAAGAGUAUUGAAAAGUAGGAAAGCCUUAAAUUAAAAGAAGCUAUUAAUUCACAUAGGUCAAGUAAGCUUAAAAGAGUUAGUUAAUUGAAGGUUUAAUGUUCUGCUAUUUUUGAAUAAUUCAAAUAAAUAAUGAUAUCUAAUUAACAUAUUGGGAUUAGUAUAAAGUUGAUAUUAAGUCAAAUUAUGCCAUUUUAAUGUAUAUAAUCAGAUGAAUGUGUAGUAUUAAAAAAGGCAAUGUAGAUAUUAUUGAUAAAUAAUUAGAGCUUAAGUAAAUAAAGAGUUAGAUAUACAAUAUAUAAUUAGAUAAUUGCAUGAGAUGAUAAAAUUAAAGAGAGUUCUUUUCAACUCUGAUUAAAUAACAUUAUUCAAUUUUACUCAUCGACCAACAAUUAGUUUGAUUAGAGAUAAAAGAAAUAGAAAAUCAACAGUGUAAAUUCUAUUAGUAUUUUAGACUCAAACAAAUUUUGGAUAAUCCAACUCAAGAAAUAGUGCUAUCCCAAUUAUUUACAGAUCUUGUUAAUUCAUAUUAAAAGUUAAUGGGAUUAGAUGAUCAAAAUAUGACAGAUGAAUAAAUUCGAUUUAAUUAAAGAUUGAUAUCACUUUUGGGCUAAAAGUUACCUCAUUUAUUAGAGAAAGAAUUAGCAUAAGCUUCAGAUGAUGAUUCAAAUGAUGAAGAUCCAAAACCUGAAGAUAUAAUUAGUCGAUCAAGUUGA